CUUAGAACUGGGGUUCUUAGAAGUGGUGAUGCAAGGAGUUUCUAGGAAAGCCCGGAGACCAGGUUUGAAAGAAGCUUUUGGACUGUGAAUUGAGGCAUUGGACUCAAGAUGGCCUCGCCGGCAGACAGCUGCAUCCAGUUCACCCGCCACGCGAGCGACGUCCUCCUCAAUCUCAACCGCCUUAGAAGCCGGGAUAUCUUGACCGAUGUUGUCAUCAUCGUGAACCGGGAGCAGUUUAGAGCCCACAAAACGGUCCUGAUGGCCUGCAGUGGCCUCUUCUACAGCAUCUUCACUGACCAGCUCAAGUGCAACUUGAAUGUCAUCAACCUGGAUCCUGAAAUUAACCCUGAGGGGUUUUGCAUCCUCUUGGACUUCAUGUACACCUCCCGCCUGAACUUGAGGGAGAGCAAUAUCAUGGCUGUGAUGGCCACAGCACUCUACCUGCAGAUGGAACACGUGGUCGACACCUGCCGAAGGUUUGUCAAGUCUAGUGAAGCAGAGAUGGUGUCUGCUGUGAAGACCCCGAGGGAAGAGUUUUUGGCUGGACGGAUGCUGGGCCACCCCGAGGUGAUGGCUUAUCGGAGCAGAGAUGUCUCAGAGAACGGCAUGCCUCUUCAAAACGGGUCCCUCUGCAACGGGAGGGCCUUUGCACCUGGCUUGAUCAACAGUUUGUCUGGAUCCCCCAUUUCCUACCACGGAUACAGCCCUCUCCCUCUAAACAGCUUCCUGGUGGAUGAUGAGUUGCGGGAGAUGAGGAUGCCCCUCUCGGAGCUCUCAAGGGCAGGUGCCUUCCCCAAGGAGAGGAUCCUGCCGUGCGACAGCUCCAGGACGAUCCCCACCGAGUACGUGAGAACCAUUACCGACAUCUCUGCCAACAUGUGCCACGCUACCAUCUAUGCUCCAAAAGAAGGUGCUGCUGAAGAAGCCAGGAGUGACAUGCACUACAGCGUGGCCUCUGGGCCCAAACCUGUCAUCCCUUCAGUCCGUAACAAUCCCUACUUCCCUUGCGAUAAAGUGGCCAAAGAGGAGGAGCGGACCUCUUCAGAGGAUGAGAUCAGCCAGCACUUUGAGCCCACCAACACACCCCUGGACCGCAAGGGUCUCAUCAGCCCUCAGAGCCCGCAGAAGUCAGACUGUCAGCCCAACUCACCAACUGAGUCCAGCAGCAGCAAGAAUGCCCGUAUCGGUCAGAACUCUAGCUCCCUCUUCACCAAGAGCCCCACAGACCCCAAAGCCUGCAACUGGAAGAAGUACAAGUUCAUUGUCCUCAACUCUCUCAACCAGAACGCCAAGCAAGACAGCACUGACCAGAACGAGAUGGGAACCCUCUCUCCUCGCACCUACGUGCCCAUGUCCACUUGCCAGCAGUCCAUAGAGCCGGAGCAUCUCAAUGUGCAAUCCCCCACCAAGAUAAGCGUGAAUGGUGAAGACUCUACCAUCCCACAAGCCAGCAGACUCAACAAUAUUGUUAACAGGUCCCGGGACGGGUCCCCUCGGAGCAGCGAAGGGCAGUCCCCAUUGUACAUGCAUUCAUCCAAGUGCAGCUCCUGUGGCUGCCAGUCCCCACAACAUACUGAGAUGUGCCUUCAUACCCCUGGCUCAAACUUUGGAGAAGAGAUGGGGGAAACCCAGUCUGAAUACUCUGACUCCAGCUGCGAGAACGGAGCCUUCUUCUGCAACGAGUGCGACUGCCGGUUCUCCGAGGAGGCCUCUCUCAAGAGACAUUCUCUGCAAGUCCACAGUGACAAGCCCUACAAGUGUGACCGCUGCCAGGCCUCCUUUCGCUACAAGGGGAACCUCGCCAGCCACAAAACCGUCCACACAGGAGAGAAGCCGUACCGCUGCAACAUCUGCGGGGCACAGUUCAACCGACCAGCCAACCUGAAAACCCACACACGCAUCCACUCUGGGGAGAAACCCUACAAGUGCGAGACCUGCGGGGCCAGAUUUGUCCAGGUGGCCCACCUCCGUGCUCACGUGCUCAUUCACACCGGGGAGAAGCCGUACCCCUGUGAGAUCUGCGGCACACGCUUCCGGCACCUGCAGACCCUCAAAAGUCACCUUCGAAUCCACACGGGAGAGAAACCCUAUCAUUGUGAGAAGUGCAACCUGCAUUUCCGCCACAAAAGCCAGCUGCGGCUCCACCUGCGGCAGAAGCACGGGGCCAUCACCAACACCAAGGUGCAGUAUCGCAUCUCGGCCGGCGACGUGCCUCCGGAGCUCCCCAAGGCCUGCUGAAGGCACGGGAUUGCCGGGAGGAGCUCGUCUUGGGGGGCGUGAAGCUGUCCAAAGGAUACUUGCAACACUUUAAAAGGAGAAAAGAAAAAAAAAAUUAGAGAGAGGGAGAGAAACAAAAAAAAAAUAUUCAUCACAUGAUGGAGUGCCUCUAAACCCAUAGUACAGAUAGGUGGAAAACCAUUAGAAAUUUAAAAAAAAAAAAAAAAAGGCAAAUAGACGGGUUUUAUUUUUCCCAGUUAUGUGAAACAAAAAGAAAAAAUAAAAUUAUUCAGAUCUUACUGUAUAUAAAACAUUAAAAAAAAAUUAAAAUAGUCAUUUUAAAUGUCUGUGCAGUGGAGUGUUGAUAAACUCUGGAGUCUAACCUUCACAGCCUUUGCCGUUUGAAGAUGAGGAAUGUAAUGUUGAUUUAUGGGAACAGAUUUUUUUCUUUUGUAUGCAAAAUGUGUGUUCUUUUAAAGAGAAAGUAUGCUAUUAAAGAGAGGGCUUUAACUUUUUUAACCAAAGGUGAAGGAAUCUAUGGCAGAGUUGUAAAUAUAUAUAGAUAUAAAUAUAUAAAUAUAUAUAUAAAAUAAAUAUAUAUAGACCUUUAAAAAAGCUAUAUUAAAAAUAUAUAAAAUGCAUUAAAGGCUCAGUUGGACUCUGCAGGCAGAAGCCACUCUGAGAAUCUUUAUUAUGAUAGAGCACUUAAGGAGAUAUUUUAAAGUAUUGCAUCUGUACAAGUAAGAAAAUAUUUUGUCUAAAUGCAUCAGUGUAUUUGUAUUUUUUUGCAAGUGAAGGUUUACAAUUUACAAAAAAAGUGUGUAUUAAACCAACAAAGCUGCAGAAGGAAUUUAAAAUAAUAAUAAAGUGUAAUUUUUUUUUGUUCUAGUUCUCAGUCUGUAUAUAUGUAAAAUGUGGUUUCGCACGGUGCCUUUCUUUUCAAUGGAAGUUUUCAGUGUAUGGACUAUAUUGAGCUCAGUUUCUUCAAGGUACAGCCUGAUGUUGCAAAAGGAGUUUUGGUGGAACUUUCUAGUGGGGGAAUGUUUUAUUUUUUUGUUUCGGACUUUUUUUUUUUUUUUUUUUUUUUUUUGGUCUUAUUUUACAUGCUUGUGUUAUAAACAAUCUCGGGAGACAGGGUUUGGGCUGUGUCUAAACUGCAUUAAUGCGUUCUGUAAAAUAUAG